UCCAAAUUAAGUUUCAUCUCCGUAGUGACCACAUCCCAUGGCAACCAGAUUCCACAGCCACCUCCAUCGCUACCUCCUGCAACCUCCAAAAGACAAGAAAGGGGAGGCGGAAGAAGCUCUUCCCGGCCUCACCGACCUCAUGAACGACUGGCUCUUCGGUCAUCAACCCUACAACAUGAAAGGAGGAGAAGCAGCCAUAAAAAUACAGCCCAAGAAAGAAAUAGGCCGCGGGGAACGACCUCCCCCGUUGAGCACGAGCAGGCUGACGCAAGACUGGCUUGAGGAGGCCAAGAGGAUGGUUGCGGCUGGCACAGCAUCGCGCCACACUUCUCCUGUCCGCUCCGCCGGAAGCCGAAGGUUCGUUGCUGCUUCUCAGGCCAAGGAGCUCUCGCCGCCGCUUGAUAAGCGGGACGCGCUUUCUAGAUCGGCAAGAAGGACCAGAGCCACCGAGGGCCUCAGCGAGGAGAUUCUCCAGCGAUCGUCGGCACGGCACAAUCGCAACAGGUCGGAUUACAACUUCGCCGCCGACUACUCUUCACCUCCCGCCAGCCAACAAGCCUCCCACCGUUACGACCAGCUCGAUGUUGCUCCCUUUCCGAUUGGCAGUCUCCCUCCAAAGCUUCCUCCGGUCUCCAGAUCCCGCUUCCUUGAAAGAACCCAGGAUGCUACUCCACGCCGCAGCUUCCGCACUCCCUCUCCUUCAUCUCGUUCUCUGUCGUCUCUUCCGCCGGACAAUCUCUCCCCGCAAACACCCCCGCCGCUUUCCCCGCCCCGAAACCUGUUCAAACCCUCCCUCCGGAGGACCAUCUCCACUUCAACUUGCUCUAUUGACAUGGAAUCUACUCCCCGGAGAUCUUUCUCCAGCGGCCGGAGGCCUUCGGUGGAGUUACAACGGGAGGAGGACAUCAAGAAGAUCAACGAGUUCCUCCGCCGGCAAAGGGCAACGAUCGCUAUGGCUUCGGAUGGUGAAGUCUCCGUCAAGGCAAAGAUCGUCCUGUCAUCGUAUACCCCCGACGCUAGUUCAAUGGUGGCUGCUAUUUGUUAUUCGUGGUUGUUGGAGAAUAUGAGGGAGAGGGAUAAGACUCGUAUCAAGGAUGAGGUUGUGGUGCCGGUGAUCAACAUGAGGAGAGCAAGGAUGUGGGAGCACAAGCAAGCAGCUUGGCUGUUUCAUCACAUUGGAAUCGAUGCUUCUGCCUUGAUCUUCUCAGAUGAGCUUGAUUUGGAGGGUCUUUUAAUGGGCAAGCAGCUAAAUUUACUUAUUGUGGGACAAGAUGUUCUGCAAACAAAUGGCGAGGUUGGGUCUUUGUGUACAGUUCUAACCGAUAACUACUGUGAAGAUGCCUAUGAUCUACUUCGGUCUCCCAACAUAAAAAAACUUCUACUUGCAGGAAUUCUAUUAGAUACUAAAAAUCUUAGCUUUGCUGCCAAAUCAUCUACAAAUAGGGAUGCUGAAGCUGUGCAAUUGCUCUUGGUUGGCUCUUCUCCUGAUUACAAAGAUUUUUUAUUUGAGCAAGUUACGAAAGAACGUGGAGAAGAAUCUUUUCUCGAAGCUUUGAGACAAAAUUAUGGGAAACUUAUUGUAUUGAUCUAUAAUGGGGGCUUCAAGUCCCUUUCUGCAAAGUAUUCAACAUCAAACGCUCAUGAAUGCUGUGAUUCUAAUGAACUUUCAAAGAAAAUGCUCGUUGAAUCUACUAAAUCUUCAAACGUAAUAAAGAAUGCUGAUUUUAGAGAAGGAAUGAAUUUCUGGACGAGAAACUCUGAUAGAUGUCAAGCCGAAGUUGUUUCUUCAGGCGAUGAUAACUAUGCUAUUGUGAGCGGUGGAGGAGAGUGUUGGCCGAGCAUAGAGCAGAAUAUAACCGAACAAGUUUAUGUGGGUUCCAUAUUUGAAGUUUCAGCUGAUGUCUCAGCUAAGGGCGGUGGCGGUGAGAAAUUUGAGAUGUAUGCUUGUUUUAAGAUCGAGAACUUGGAGUCUUUUUCCUUUCUUCGAGUUGGAAGAAAAAAUGAUGGCAUACUCCGAAAGAUUGUAUUGAUCUAUAAUGGGGGCUUCAAGUCCCUUUCUGCAAAGUAUUCAACAUCAAACGCUCAUGAAUGCUGUGAUUCUAAUGAACUUUCAAAGAAAAUGCUCGUUGAAUCUACUAAAUCUUCAAACGUAAUAAAGAAUGCUGAUUUUAGAGAAGGAAUGAAUUUCUGGACGAGAAACUCUGAUAGAUGUCAAGCCGAAGUUGUUUCUUCAGGCGAUGAUAACUAUGCUAUUGUGAGCGGUGGAGGAGAGUGUUGGCCGAGCAUAGAGCAGAAUAUAACCGAACAAGUUUAUGUGGGUUCCAUAUUUGAAGUUUCAGCUGAUGUCUCAGCUAAGGGCGCUGGCGGUGAGAAAUUUGAGAUGUAUGCUUGUUUUAAGAUCGAGAACUUGGAGUCUUUUUCCUUUCUUCGAGUUGGAAGGUAUUAG